AUGUUGCGUCGCGCAGGGACAAAGUUCCCUCGUGCUGCCAAGGCGUCUUCAAGUCAGCGCUUGAUUUGCUUGCGCGCUACUCCCAACGAACCUGAUCUCGAGGGUAACGUCAACAACUUCAUCACUCCCGAUCAACUCAACGCCGAAACUCCCGGCGCCGCUAUACUUAACACUGUGACUCCUUCGUCCACAACCGCUGCGAUGGCUGCCGAACAACCUAUCGAGAACAAACCCACAGAGCAGAAGCCUCUGGGUGAUGAGGUAACUAUCGAGCAUGUUACUAAUAACGGCAAUAUACUGACUUCCGAGAAGCCUGCUCAAGACGAGAAAUUGCCCCUCGAGACCCCUUCUGACAUUCCUGGUGGCUUCCCCGCUACACCUGCCAACGAGCUCGACAAGGCCAUUGGCAUCAACCCUCUGCCCGCUUCUGAGGGCCCCGGAAACCCUAUCAAGCUAGAGCCUGGCGAGAAGAUCCCCGACUCCAUCACCGCUCAAAGCACCGACAAAUACGUCAAGCUCGAUAAGGAAUCGUACGAGAAGAGCGACGCUCUCCCUGGCAUUGAGACCGAGCUCCCCCCCGUAUCUUCCAACACUAUUCCUGAAUCCAGUCUGCCCAUUAUCGGCGCACAGGAUGUUCUCAUUAACUCCGCUGCUCCCACAGCUACUACUGCCGGCCUUGCUGCCGAGGUUCCGCUCGAAUCCAACGGUGCCUUCGUCCCCGAGGUUGUAAGAGAGAGCCAGGAGAGGGCUGGCGCUGUUACUGAGGCCAGCACUGACCCUGCGGAGGUCAAGGAAAAGACCAUGGUUGAGGAAGAGCUCAAGGGAACUGUGCCCGAGGCACCUGCUACCUCGGUAGGAACCGCUGGUGUUGGUACCGAGAAGUCUGAGAAUACGCCAGACACUAGUCUCGCCGCCCUGGCCGCUACUGCGGGUGGUGCUGUGAUUGCUGCUGGUCUUGCUGCCAAGGAGACAGUGGAGGAGAAGGCUGGCCCUGCGCUGAACAGCGCUGCUGACGCUAUUACUGAUACCGCCAACAAAAACUUACCCGAUUCCGUCAAAGAGCAGCUUCCUGUUGCAGCCCAAGAGACCCUAGCCGCAAAGAACGAGGAGCAGAUUCGACAGGAAGUGUCCCCUGAGGUCCCCGCCGAGGUUAAGGAAUCUCUUGUCGAGGCCGGCAAGUCACCCGAAGCAGCUGCUAAUACUGCCGCUGUUGAGGAUAAGAAGGAGGUAGAGAAUGAGCUUCUCAAGGAGGUCAAGCCUGUCACUGGCAUUUAUGACUCUGUUGUUGAACAACCUAAAGAGGAACCAAAGCAGGUAUCUCCUGAGGUUCCUGUCGAGGUGAAGGACUCCAUUGCGGAGGCUGGCAAGAGUCCCGAAGCUGCUGCCAACACUGAGGCCGUUGAGGAAAAGAGGCUUGUCGAAGCUGAGCUUCUCAGGGAAGUUAAGCCUGCUGCAACCAUCGAUGAAACCCCCAAGGUUGCUCCUGAAGUCCCCACCGAAGUCAAGGAGUCCAUCGUGGAGUCCGGCGAGCGCCCCGAGGCUGCUGCUAGCACAGAAGCUGUCGAGAACAAAAAGGAGGUUGAAGCUCAGCUUCUCAAAGAGGCCGAGCCUGUUCCUGCUGUUGACGAGGCCAAGCCUCAGGAGACUGAGUCUGCUGUUCCCAUUAUUGCUGCCCCUGCUGCUGCUCCUCUUGAGACACAGGCUGUAGAAGCCAAGCGUGAUGCUGAGCCUGUGACUAAGCCCGAGGAGCCAAAGACCGAGGCUAAGACAGAAACCCCGGCCGUUGGUAACGGCAGCUCAGCAACCGGCAAUGGCACUACAGCAACAGGAAAUGGCGCCAAGGCUACAGAGACCAAGGCCGACACGCCAGCCAACGGCAGCAGCUCGACGGCCAGCGGUGAAAAGAAGAAGAAGCACAACCGACUCAGCUCAAUCUUCAGCAAGAUCAAGCACAAGCUUUCCGACAAAUAG